AACUUUGCCUCUUUCUUUAAUUGAACUUUUGUUUAUCCAAACUUUUAUUCCCCGCACUUUCAUCGAGACCAAACAUCAAUCACUUGCGCACAUGGGGUCUUCUGCAAUGAAGAUUUAUAGCAAUGUUAACAUUCCUUUGGUUGCAUUUGUUUUUUCUUCUUUCAUAGCUAUGGCUACUGCCAUCUCAAACUCCACGGAUACAUCCACCGCCAUUCUCUUGAGAGUCGAUCAGUUGGGCAAAGGAGACUUUAAGAAGAUACAAGACGCCAUUGAUGCUGUUCCAUCUAAUAACAAAGAACUUGUUUUCAUUUGGGUUAAGCCAGGAACAUACAGAGAAAAGAUUGUUGUGCCUGCUGAUAAACCCUUCAUUACAAUAAGUGGCACUGCGCCUUCUACUAGCAUAAUAACAUGGGAUGAAGGUGGAGAUAUUUUCGAGUCUUCAACAUUCACAGUGCUGGCUUCUGAUUUUGUUGCACGAUAUCUGACAAUUGAGAACACGUAUGGAUCAGCCGGCAAAGCUGUUGCACUAAGAGUCUCAGCGGAUAGAGCUGCAUUUUAUGCCUGCAAUAUAACGUCUUACCAAGAUACUGUCCUGGAUGACACUGGAAAUCACUAUUACAGCAACUGUUACAUCGAAGGAGCCACCGAUUUCAUAUGCGGAAACGCUGCCUCCCUCUUUGAAAGGUGUCACAUUCAUUCCCUUUCAACGGUGAAUGGAUCUAUCACUGCUCAACGAAGAAUGUCUCCCUCAGAGAACACAGGAUUCACUUUCUUGGGUUGCACGAUAACAGGUGUUGGCUCUGCUACACUCGGAAGGCCAUGGGGUACAUAUUCCAGGGUAGUAUAUGCCCUAACUUACAUGUCCAGUGUAAUUGUGCCGCAAGGAUGGGAUGAUUGGGGCAACCAAAUGGCGCAUCGUACUACAUACUAUGGUGAAUACAAAAAUUAUGGUCCAGGAGCUGAUACAUCAAAAAGGGUUGGAUGGUCAGACAAACUAUCAAAUGAAGAGGCUGCUCCUUUCUUGACUAAAGACAUGAUUGGGGGAACAGACUGGCUUAGAUCCUCCCCCAAAAACUUCAAGAAAAGCUCCUCCAUCAUCGUUGGGAAAAACUGAUGAGACACAUAACCAGAAUAUAUCGGUUGUGAGUCUUGAAUUUCACAGGAGUUUCUGCAACAUGUGCUAUUUGAUUCAAUUUAUUUGUAUAUAUUUCAUUUAAAUAAGAAAUUUGAUUCAAUUUAUCUGUUUAUCACAUUUAAAAAGGAAAUAUAUGCUUGAUUUAUUCAAUGAUUCAC